AUGGAAGCUGCCGCUCCCUCAAUCCCGCCAGGACGUGUGUCGUCAAGUGCCACCCUUGGCGCAGCAUGGGGACUCUGGCAGUUUACAUCGCCCACGCACACGAUGCCAUUUGAUUCGGUCGAUGGCAAUUCGUUCCCAUCAAACAAUCGUACAACCAACGAUGUUCCUGUUUUGUCCCCUGCACCAGGACCACUCUACCGACUCGCCCCAGCGUUGGGAGCCGUUGAGCUGACCAUGCGGCUGCUCAUGGACUUCUUGGAAGUCAAUUUGGAUACAGUGGACGAUCAGCAGCAUUCGGCAUUUUGUCGUUCCCCCCGUCGAUCUUACGUUCACCAGAUCAAUCGAAUGGACGGAUGGACGCGGAAUCUCAACACCCAAUUGCAGCUCAUUCGGUCCAUGAUCGACAUGGAUUUGAACGAAGCGACCUACGCAACAGACUACCUUGUUUCUACUUUGCAAAGCCAAGGCAGUUUGGCCCAGCGUCAUCACUGGUGGUGGCACUCGCAACCUGCCGCCAGUGGGAUGCUGGACAGAGUCCAGAGCUUGGUGCAAUGUCACUUUCAAGGGCUGCCGUUUGGACCGGGGGUGUUGACGACGCAUGAACUUCAUGUCCCGUACGACGAUGUGGUGUUGCCACUUCAUAUUCGCACUUCGUGCCGAGAAGCCGACGCUGAAUUUGUCGAAGACCAUUUCUUUGCCACCGUGCAUCAAAUCGUCGAAGCAUGGUGUUGUGUCAUGGAGCGGCAGUUGGAUGCCGCGCAGGCCGAAGUCGACCUGGUGCUUCAAAGAUCGUCAUUGGCGUCGUCGUCGUCGCUUGACGACGAGCCGGUCGAGGACCUACUGCAACGCGUCACUAGGCGGUAUCGGUGGGCUGGCCACUGUUGGGAGUACUUGAUCGACCACAUUUCCAUGUUGAGUGAAAUGGAUGCCCGCGACUACUUGAGUUUGAAAUUCCACUUGCAUGGGGCCAGUGGUGGUCAAAGCGUGCGGCUCCGGCAACUCACGGCGCGCAUUCCACACUUGUUGCCAUGGGGUCCCCCCUUGUCAUAUAUUGACCCGUUUGACCCGUCAGAACUCCGACAUGUGGUUGCGGUGUUGAGCCACGUCCAAGCCAACGUAACCGAGAUCCCCCUGCAAGCCGAGCUCGUGGCCAUGUUUCACGCGCACGUGUCUCCGUCGUCGGACGCGGUCCAGAUGCUCCAGGCCGUGCAAAUGCUGGAAAACGCGGUCCGGCGGUUCUACUUUGGCCACCAGCAGCUGGCCAUCAUGGUGUUGGGUGCCGACGCCAGUGGCACGCAGGAGCUGACGGUCAAGGCGUUGGAGCGCGGGUGGAAGGUCUGCCAUCGGUACUUGUGCGUUGAGCGGGCCAAGGAAGUCAUGUCCAAACAACUCAGCGACGCACAAUCAUCCAUGUUGAAAGGGCGAAUCGUUCGAACGCGAAUCGACGACGCCAAGCUGCGGCACCACAACUUGGUCAUCGCCACGCAAGAUCCCAGCAACGAUCGAGGUGGCGGUGGUCAAAAGAUGUGGCAGGCGUCUGUCGCCCCGACGUCCCCCAUGUCCACAUCGCGCAGCUGUCGCAGCACCCCCUCGUCGCCGUCGUCGUCGCCAUUUCGCGCGGCGUUUGCCAGGUCCUUGUCGACGCAUCCACCGCUCGCAAGUGUCCAACACACCCAUGCCCUUCUCAGCCGCGACUUGAAUGAAGUGUGGCCAGAGUUUUUUCAAUACGACGUGCCCACGGCGGAGCGAUACGUGUUGGAGUCGUUGGGGUUGUCGCCGUCCGAAAUUCUGGAUUCCCAGGACAAUAAAGACGGUGUAGGCUCGAACGUGCCAACAAGUUGUUCACAACACCAUGUGAAUUUUGGCAGUAACGUGCAUGAAUUCCUCGUGCGGGUGUUUAGCUGUCUCCUGCCGACGACUCGUCCGUUGGUGGUGGUCACGAGUGACGCCGAGUUUGUGUCACUGACACGUCAGUUGGCAACGUGGACAAAUUCGGGGGAGUGUAUUGUGCACCAGGUGCCGCUUCAGCCAUUCGAGUCGUUCGGCACCCGCGUAUGCUACAGAGUAACCUCCCUUAGACCUCAUCUUGUGCAUGUGAGCGCUGUGUACUCAAACUCGCAAUUCCGCUUCCCUGACGUGGACAUUGCGCCCUUGGCGGACGCCAUCGAAAACGUUCCGAUGCAAUUGCCGCGGACGUCACCUGCGCUCGUCGUCGUUGGCAGUGGCAUCAAGCAUUGCACGGCGGGACCUGGGCUUGGGUUUGUCGUGUUUCCACGGAAUGCAAGCUGGAAUCGCCCAGUAGACACUGGUUGGAUUGCGCAUGUUCAAGAUUUGCAAUCGCCCCCCACGUCGCUAGCCCCCCUAGAGUACAAUGCUGACGUGGCAUUUGCAGUUGACUCGAUCGAAGGGAAUGUUGCCGGAGAAUACAUCACGGGCCAUCGUGCUGGAACGCGCGCAAGCGACUGA